AUGACAGGUGUACCAAUUUGGGUCACAAAACUGCCGGAUGAUGAACAGGUGAUCUUGAAAGGUCGGGAAGGUCUUGGUCUGUUAGCUCUCGAGAAUGUUUUAUUUUUCUGUCUUGUUUUCAUUACGGAGGAGGAGGAGGAGGAGGAGGAGGAGAAGGAGAAGGAGGAGGAGGAGGAGGUGGUAGUGGAGGUGGAGGUGGAGGAGGAGGAGGAGGAGGUAGGAGGUGGAAUAGGAGGUGGUGGUGUUGGUGUAGGCGGAGGAGGAGGAGGAGGUUGUGGAGGUGGACUAGGGGGUGGUGGUGGUGAUGUAGGUCGAGGACGGGGAGGAGGAGGAGGAGGAGGAGGCGAGGAACGAGUUAAGGAUGGAAAAAUAGAUAAAAUUAUGAAGAACCUAACCACUAGGGAGGGAAGGAGGAAGGAAUAA